ACACUUAACGUCCACAACAGAUUUCCUGAACUCCAAGGUGUCGACUUAGACUUCGUUCGAACUCUUCUCAUGGCUCGUGACCUCAAAAUAAACAUCCGCAAGCGAGCUAUAGGCAGCUUUUUUGAGUGGGAUAAACUCGACCGCGCAGUUGGCGGUGCAAAUCAGGCCCUUGGUAAUAUUCCAUGCUUC